AUGCCGAAGAAUAAGGGAAAGGGUGGUAAAAACAGACGUCGUGGAAAGAACGAGAACGACAACGAGAAGCGCGAGUUGACCUUCAAGGAGGAAGGCCAGGAAUAUGCCCAGGUCGUCAAGAUGUUGGGUAACGGCCGAUUAGAAGCUCUCUGCUUCGACGGAGAAAAACGUCUUGCUCAUAUCCGAGGCAAGCUCCGCAAGAAGGUCUGGAUCAACCAGGGAGAUAUCAUCCUCCUCUCGCUCCGAGACUACCAGGACGAAAAGGGCGAUGUCAUCCUUAAGUACAACGCCGACGAGGCCAGAAGCUUGAAGGCAUACGGUGAACUGCCCGAGAGUGCCAAAAUCAACGAGACCGAUACCUACGGCCAUGAGGGUGUUGACGACAACGUCGAGUUCGACGAGGACCGUGAUGACAGCAGCGACGACAAGGAGAUCGAUGUCGACGAGAUCUGA